UAAACUUUUAAUAAAAUUAGAGUUUGGCACCGGUGUUGAAUCAAGUUCGAACCUAAGUGCGGCUGAGCUAACGACAGUACAAAUUCGCUUCCUUGCUUCGGUUUUGGUAGUUUAGCGGUCGACCUCUGUGUAGUAGACUAAGAAUAGUAGGCGGUUGAGGAGGAAAGCAAAUGUUCCGAUCGACGAGUUCCGGCUCUAGUAACGGCUACCACUACGACGGCGAUGGCGGCCACCAUGUGACCGGCCGCCGUGGGCGAAGGUUGAGCCGCGGCAGAUCACGCGCACAUGGAAAUGGUAACGGUAGCGUCGAGAGUGGGGCUAGGGUUUCUCAUUGGCAGCAGCAGGAUGAGGGAGAGAAGCCUACCCCUCCUUGUACGGACUUCGACAAGGCCUACUUUCACUCCUAUGCUCACGUUGGCAUUCAUGAAGAGAUGAUUAAGGACCGCGCACGUACAGAGGGUUAUAGGAAUGCAAUAUUUCAGCAUCAAAAUUACAUCGCUGGAAAAGUUGUAGUUGAUGUUGGUUGUGGCACAGGUAUUCUCUCUAUAUUUUGCGCUCAGGCUGGUGCAAGGCGGGUAUAUGCAGUAGAUGCCAGUGAUAUAGCAGUACAGGCAAAUGAGGUUGUGAAAGCUAAUAACUUAUCUGACACAAUUAUUGUGCUGCAUGGGAGGGUUGAGGAUGUUGAAAUAGAUGAAGAGGUUGAUGUUAUAGUUUCAGAGUGGAUGGGUUACAUGCUUCUCUACGAGAGCAUGCUGGGGAGUGUCAUCACUGCUAGAGAUCGCUGGCUGAAACCAGGUGGUCUUAUUCUUCCAUCAAAUGCAACGUUGUAUAUGGCACCUGUUACACAUCCUGAUAGAUACAAUGCAAGCAUAGACUUUUGGCGCAAUGUCUAUGGGAUAGACAUGUCUGCUAUAAUGCCAUUAGCAAAACAGUGUGCAUUUGAAGAGCCAUCUGUGGAGACAAUAAAUGGUGAAAAUGUCUUGACAUGGCCACAUGUGGUAAAGCAUGUAGACUGUUAUACAGUGACAAUUCAUGAGCUAGAAUGUGUCAACACAAGUUUCAGCUUUAAGUCAAUGAUGCGAGCACCAUUUCAUGGGUUUGCUUUCUGGUUUGAUGUGGAGUUCAGUGGCCCUGCAAUAUUUCCAUCUAACAUCGAAGCGCCUUCAUCAUUUGUUGAGCAUUCUAAUAGUCACAACACUGAUGACAAACAGAGAAAGAAGCGUGCGAAUCCCAAUGAUGCCCUUGUGCUGUCUACUGCACCUGAGGAUCCCCCAACACAUUGGCAACAGACAUUGAUCUACUUCUACGAUCCAAUCGACGUUGAGCAAGAUCAAGUUAUCGAAGGCUCUCUAGAAUUGUCCCAAAGCAAAGAAAACGCUAGGUUCAUGAAUAUUCAUCUGAAGUAUUCAGCGGAUGGACGAUUAUUUGUUAAAGAAUCAGUGAUGCGAUGAGUGCCAACCUAGGGUUUCUAUUCGUAGAUCUGUGCAAAAUGUUUCUGCUGAUUCUGCUCAUGGAUUAUAGAGACCUUUUACUGCACCGGAGGAAUGGAUAAACAGCAUUUUCACCGUCAGUUGGCAGUUUUUUCCCCUCAAUGUCGGAACUGUAAGCUGUUAACAGUAAGUGUAUUAUUGUGUUGCGAGAAUGUGUACUUUUCUUGAAUAUACUCAGGAUAGAUGUAGGAUUCUAAUGAACAAUAAGUAUUCACUAUAUAUUGGCUUCUUUUGGUAAUUAUUACUCAUUUGAGUUAAUACCAGUUGGGUCCCUCGAC